CAGGCUGAUAUAACCAGCGGCUGAGUCCAGGCUGCCUCCAGUCUCCUCCUGUGCUGCACUAUGUCUGUCCUGGUCACCCUGGUCAAGAAGAUCUGGUGCAUUAAGAGGUAUAUCAUCCUGAUCGCCACGCCGAUCCUCCUGUCCCCCAUCUUCUUCUCGCUACCGCCGCAGGAAGGAAAAUGCCUCUUUGUGGUCCUUCUGAUGGCCUUCUACUGGUGUACGGAGGCUCUACCUCUGGCGGUUACUGCCAUGCUUCCAAUAGUGCUAUUCCCUUUCAUGGGCAUCCUGCCCUCCAGCAAGGUUUGCCCGCAGUACUUCUUGGACACAAACUUCCUGUUUCUUAGUGGAUUGCUCAUGGCUGCUGCUAUAGAGGAGUGGAAUCUACACAGGCGGAUUGCCCUCAAAGUCCUCAUGUUGGUGGGAGUACAGCCCGCUAGGCUCAUACUGGGGAUGAUGAUGACCACCGCUUUCCUAUCCAUGUGGUUAAGUAACACUGCCUCUACCGCCAUGAUGCUUCCCAUAGCCAACGCCAUCCUGAAAAGCCUCUUUGGAGAAAGGUUUGAUGAAAAAAAAGGGAAGAAGGGCAGUGAUAGUAACCCAGCGUCUUUUCAAGAAAAGGGAUUACAUCCUGUGUCAACAGAACUGCAGAUGCUUACCAGCAUGGAGGAAAAAGAGCUGGCCGAAAAAGUGGAGAUAUCGAAUGAUAUGCAUAAAGACAUGGCGAAAGAACGGGCAUACCAGAACAGAAUUUGGAAGGCAUUCCUUAUAUCCAUUCCAUAUUCCGCCAGUAUUGGAGGAACCGCCACCCUAACUGGGACAGCACCCAACCUCAUCCUUCUGGGACAGCUGAAGAGCUUCUUCCCAGGCUGUGACGUGGUGAACUUUGGCUCCUGGUUUGUCUUUGCUUUCCCGCUGAUGGUCAUAUUUCUUGUAAUUGGCUGGUUAUGGAUCUCAAUUCUACACGGAGUCAUCAGCCUCAGAUGUAAAAGGAAAAAGAAGUCAGAGAUUCGGGUGGAAGCAGAGGCAAAAGCCAAAGAAGUGAUAGCUGAGGAUUACAGAAAGCUGGGCCCCACAAUUUUUGCAGAGAAAGCUGUCUUCUUCUUCUUCUGUCUCUUCGCCAUUCUGCUGUUCACCAGAGAUCCCAAGUUCAUCCCUGGGUGGGCAUCCGCCUUCAACACUGGCUUCACCUCGGAUGCAGUGACUGGGAUUACCAUAUCCGUCAUUUUAUUUUUCUUUCCCUCUGAAAAGCCUUCCCUGUCGUGGUGGUUUGAUAUGAAAGCUCCAAAUACAGAAAAUAAACCUUUGUUAUCAUGGAAGAAAGCCCAAGACACUGUUCCAUGGAAUAUUAUUUUACUGCUGGGAGGGGGCUUUGCCAUGGCCAAGGGCUGUGAGGUGUCUGGUCUAUCCACCUGGAUUGGAGGCCGCUUGCAGCCAUUAGAGGGUCUCCAUCCUGCUCUGGCCGUCCUGCUUGUUACUAUACUCAUCGCCUCCUUUACAGAAUUCGCCAGUAACACGGCGACCAUUAUAGUCUUCCUCCCGGUAUUAUCAGAACUGGCCAUCCGUCUCAAAGUGAAUCCUCUGUACCUAAUGAUUCCUGGCACCGUUGGCUGCUCCUACGCCUUCAUGCUUCCUGUGUCCACGCCUCCCAACUCCAUAGCGUUUUCUACAGGACAUUUAUUGGUGAAAGACAUGGCAAAGACGGGACUUCUGAUGAACCUAAUGGGCGUUCUCCUCCUUAGCCUUGCCAUGAACACCUGGGCAUCCAGUAUAUUCGGGCUUAGCAUUUUUCCUGAUUGGGUCAACCUCCAACCACACAACGUUACCGCCUUGGCCACAUAUAAUAUGACCACCGGUGGCUGACCGUGCAGGGUGGUGACACAAACUGACUGAUAAAGACACUAAAGUGACAAUUUAAUCGGCCUGCAACCUUAACUGCAGAACGGCUAUCGUACCUUACUGUGAAGGACUGUCCUUAUCUCACCUUUUAGGAAUUGGAAUCUUUUUUUUUUUUUUUAA